CCGACGGGGUGCAUGCCGGUUAGCCGGCGAGGAUGCAGCCCGCACCUGCGAGCAUCCCGAGCUGCUGCCGCUGCGGCAGCCGCAACCACAGCGCAACCCGAGGACGCGGUGCCAGCGGCUGCUGAAUUUUCCCCUGUAGAGAGCCAGAGGAGAAAAAAAAACGAAGAAAAGAAGCCAAAAUCUCGGCUUGGUUCAUUUUUUGAGCUGUUCAAAACUAAUUUGUUUAUGGAAAUGCCCUGCGCCUGUAAUCGGAACAACUGGAGGCGAUGGAUCCGGCCCCUGCUUGUACUUAUUUACGUAAUUUCCAUCCUCGUCUCGGUUCCCUUCGGUGUUUGGGAACUUCAAAAACUAAAGGUUGGAAUCCACACCGAAGCAUGGUUCAUCGCUGGUGUCUUUCUGCUGUUGACAAUCCCUGUGUCCCUCUGGGGGAUUGUGCAGCACUUAGUGCAUUACACGCAACCAGAACUUCAGAAACCUAUUAUAAGGAUUCUUUGGAUGGUCCCAAUAUACAGUUUGGAUAGCUGGUUGGCUUUGAAGUAUCCUAAAAUCGCCAUCUAUGUGGACACCUGGAGGGAGUGCUAUGAAGCUUACGUCAUUUAUAACUUCAUGAUAUUCCUUAACAACUACCUAACAAUCCGAUUUCCCAAUUUGGUGCUCCACCUGGAAGCUAAAGAUCAGCAACAGCAUUUCCCCCCUCUGUGCUGCUGUCCACCCUGGGCUAUGGGAGAAAUGCUUCUUUUUCGGUGCAAACUAGGAGUAUUGCAGUACACUGUGGUCAGACCGAUCACCACUGUGACGGCGUUGGUAUGUGAGAUUAUUGGUGUCUACGAUGAAGGGAACUUUAGUGUCUUCAAUGCUUGGACUUACUUGGUUAUAUUAAAUAACCUGUCACAAGUGUUUGCCGUGUACUGCCUCUGGCUGUUUUACAAUGUGCUGAAAGAAGAGCUCAGCCCUAUACAACCUUUUGGCAAAUUUCUUUGUGUCAAACUGGUAGUCUUUCUCUCAUUCUGGCAAGCAGUGCUUAUUGCUUUGUUGGUUAAGGUUGGCGUUAUUUCAGAAAAGCGUACGUGGGAAUGGCAAAGUGCCGAAGCUGUGGCCACAGGCCUGCAGGAUUUCAUCAUCUGCAUCGAAAUGUUCUUCGCGGCAAUUGCUCAUCAUUACUCCUUCUCCUAUAAACCCUACGUGCAAGAGGCAGAGGAAGGCUCGUGCUUCGACUCCUUCCUUGCCAUGUGGGAUGUGUCGGAUAUCAGAGAGGAUAUUUCUGAGCAAGUAAGACGUGUCGGGAGAACAAUGCGAGGUUAUCCCCCCAAAAAAUGUUUUCCUGAAGACCCAGAGCAUACUGAACACACAAGUCUGCUUUCCUCAUCACCACGCGAUGCAGGUUCUCCAGGUUCAAAGUCAUCCUCACCCCAGGGCCAGUAUCAGGGCUUUGGACACACGAUCACUCCCCAGAAUGCAGCUGCUGCAGCCAAGCUCUGUGAAGACGUCAUGAUUGACAUCCCAGAAGAGCAGGGCCCUCCUGACAAUGCAGGCCAAUAUCCUGACUUGGAAGACACAGUGUCUUCACAGGACAAGCUCUCUGCAGACCAGAUGUCUGAAGAUGCCAUGAAUGACAUCCCAGACGAGCAGAAGAAGCUCCUUGACACAUCCGCAGACUCCUAGAGAGGUGCCACAGCUCAGAAUGUUCAAAAUUUCAGAUAGGCAAAGCCAGAUAUAACUACUAUAUAAUACUAAUACAUACAUGUUAGUAUAUAUAUUUGUAUAUGUUUUAUAUAUCACAAAUAACACUUAAAUUUCCUAGGCUUUGGCUUUCUUAAACUCUUAGGGUUUCAUAUAUUCAAACAGUAGGUAACAACUUCAGCUGAGUGUUCUUGCAUUUCUCAAGAGGAUGGACAUUUGAGGAUAAAAAAAUUAAAAAAAAAAUCAGUGCUUCUUACCACUGCAUGAAUGUAAUGCUCUGGACUGAAAAUGUAAAUAUAAAAUUCAGAUUAAUUUAAUUUAAUAAUCAUGUGCCAUUUAAGUUUACAUAAUUAUACUUCAAUUACAUGUCUUUCAAUAAAUCUAGUACUGUUU